AUGGGACUUGCUCCUCUUGGUCCUCUGUAUGACGCCUCAACCGACCCGGAGGACCACCUCUCAGUCUUCCUGACGCACAUGCGCCUGCAAACAGUCGCGGACGAAAUUCACUGCAAGACCUUCCCCAUGUUUCUGAAGGGGAAGGCUCGGCUCUGGUUCCAGGGUUUGGCAUCGGGGUCCAUUCGAAGUUUCCCCGAACUGGCCAGACAGUUCGUCGCCCAAUUCGUCUCUUCGAAGACCUACUCGAAGAAUGCGACUCAUCUGAUGGUGAUCAGGCAGAAGCCGGACGAGUCACUGAGGAAUUUCAUGACCCGCUUCAACACGGAGAGCUUGCAGAUCAGGGACAAAGAUGAAAAGGUGGUCAUGGCCGCCUUCAUGAACGGGAUCAGGGCAGAGGAGCUCUUCUACAAGUUGUCCGAGAAGCCCCCAGGAGACUUGGAAGAACUCUUGACCCGGGCGCACGCAACUGCUAACGCAAAAAAGGCUGCACGCCUGAAGAGGAAAUCGGAUCGGGAGAUUGGAGAUCGGAGAGGACGGGGGAACCCCCCUGAAAGCAAGGACGGCCCAGCCAAGAAGAACGUUUUUGACCGCCUCUCCAAGGAGAAAGCCCCCGCUCAACCGCUGCUUCCGGAAAAGGGGUAUACCCCCCUGACUCGGCCCAGGGCCCAAAUCCUGGCCCUCAUGGAGGCAGAAGGCCUAGGAGGACGGCCGCCUAAGAUGGGGACACUUCGGAAAAAAAGGAAUCAGGACCGAUACUGUGCCUUUCACCGUGAUGGGCAUGAUACGGAGGGAUGCUGGGUCUUGCGGAAGGAGAUCAAGGACUUGAUCCAGCGCGGCUUCCUGAGACGAUUUGUGCGGCAAGGUCUACCGGACCAGGAGCCGGGACGCACCUACCGCGGAGACAGGGGCGAGGGCCAGCGUCGCGAUCGCCCUGGGCGGCGUGACGUGCUUCGGGGCCACUCCCCCGACCAGGACACCCUGAACCUAGCGGGGGUAAUAAACACCAUCGCUAGGGGCCCCACAGGGGGUACAGCCACACAGCUUUGA